AUGCAAGUGCCCGGCAGGAGCAGCAUCGCAGUACAGUGCCAUCCUGAGAGGCGUAAAGGUUUGUCUUCUGAGCCGAGUAAAAUGGAGACCGACGGCGCAGUGCCUGAAUUCCGUCCGAGCGAGAUCACGCAGGAGAGUGUCGAGGCGGCGCUCAAGAACGACAAGGGAAGCGACGCUCGCCUCGUCUCCUUCACGGUCCAGGAAUGCACCAAGAAAGGAGACAACUACGCAACGCUUGUGGCCAGAGUUAAUGUGCAUUACACGCUCUGUGAAACUAACCAUAAUGUGUCUUAUGUCGUCAAAUACAAUCCAAAACAUUUUAAAGCGUUUGAAAAGUUUGCUUACGUGCUAUAUAAAAAAGAAGUAAUGUUUUAUCAGUAUCUUGUGCAUGAUAUUCAGUCACAACUGCAAGAAGCUGGUCAGCAACCAUUGAGGGUUCCUCAGUGCUUCCACACGUCAUUAGAAGAAAAUCAAGAGGUUGUCAUCCUCGAGGAUCUCCGGCCAAGAGGAUUCAAGAUGUUCGACCGCAAGAAAGGCAUGGACGUCGCCCACACCAAGCUCGUCCUCGAGGAACUGGCCAGACUCCACGCAGCCUCGUACCUCCUCAAGGCCAAGAUCCCAGACCUUGCCGACAAGUACCCAGUCCUGAGUCUGGAUUGGCUCAACUAUGCCGAUGAAGCAAGAGAUGUUAUGUUUAAGACAUUUUCCAAGCAGAUGGACAUAGUUAAAGAUGUGCUGAAUAAAGUGGGAGGGUACGAAGUGGCGGAGAACUGGCUCAGCAGAAACAAGGAGAGAGUGUUAGAGAUGCUGGAUGAGCAGCUCGCUAGGGUUCCUCCCUUCGACCUUCUGUGUCACGGUGACUGCUGGAAUAAUAACGUGCUCUUUAGGUACAAUGAAGAAGAGGUUCCUGUCGAAGUAAUGUUACUAGACCUGCAGUUGUGUCGCCAGGCCUCCCUCGCCACAGACCUCAACUACCUCUUCCACACAAGUCUAGAAGGCCAUGUAAGGAAAACAAACCUGGAGUCGUUUCUAGACGUUUAUUACUCGACUUUCCUCGGUGUCACAGAAGCGGGGAAAACUGUCAUGCCCUUCUCUCGACACGAACUUCGUCAGGAGUACAAGAACCGCCUUCAAUACAAUUUGUUGCGGGUUAUGCCAGUGACUAUACUCGUUAUCUGUGAAGGAGACAUCAACAAGGAAAACCAGGACGGUUUCACUGAUUCAUUGAGAGAUGUUUUAGAUGAUCUGGUUUCAACGUCACCUAUAUUGCGUCCUCGAUUCCUAAGUAUAUUUGACGAAAUGAUUGAAAACAAAGUAAUUGUAUGAAGUAUUGAAAAGUUCAUUUUCCAAAAAAAAAAAAAAAAAAAAAAAAAAAAAUGCUCGAUAUGUUUACUUUUAUUCUACUUUUUCUUUCGAGGUUUUUAUGACUAAUGAAUCUAAUAAUGAAUGUAGUUUUCUUUGUGUAUUCAUUAUCAGUUUAUUACCAUUACUGACAUUACUGAUUACUAAU